UGUCCGCAAGACGGAUGGGUUCACUACGGAAACUUCAGUUACCUCGUCAUCGACAUUCCAACUCUGAAAUGGAGCGAUGCUAGACGAACAUGUGAGAUACUUGGAGGAGACCUUGCUAUCGUAAGAUCCGCUGCUGAGAAUAACUUUAUAUUUGACUUGAUCAAAAAACAGAAAACAAUCACAAAUUGGGGUGUUUGGCUCGGUUUGGUUCGGAAAGCCGACACUAAGUUCUACUGGAUUGAUGACACUCCUAUGGCGAACGGAUACACGGCUUGGUUAACAGGAAAACCUGAUAGCGUUAGCCAAAAGUGCGCGCACAUGUAUGGUACAGGAGGCCGAGCGGGCAAAUGGGACGACGUAUACUGUGAUAACAGUCCAUCGUAUUUCACGUCUUCCCCUGUUAUUCUUUGCAAGAGAAAAAAAAAUAACUAAAUGGCUUACGUCCAUAAGGCAGUGUAAGAUUCAAAGUCUAGUAUAAACAUGAAAUAUUCAAAUUAAGAUGAAAUGACUUCUUAUAUUAGACUGAUAAGAUAAUAAAGGGCAAUAAAGAAGAGAAAUUAAGUAUUGGUUACUCCUGUUCAAGGUAAAAAAGGUGUUAUGGCAAAAUGUUCCUUUUGCUUUUCGUUUUUACUUGCACUUACUCGCUAUCGUGUUUCGUUUUUUUUUUCCUCACUCUGGUAUAUUUUGCUAAUUAUGCUCCUUUCUUAUUCGCGCCGUAUGUAAAUUUGGUCGUAUAUAUUUUGUUAUCUCGCCCUUUUUAAGGCAGUGUUUUUAACGUGUCUUUAGUGUUCGUUAAUCUAUGUUAGUUUUUUCUCGUUUCCCCGAACUCCAAACGUUGUAAACGUCCUCAGUGUUUGGUAAGCAGCCUCGCUUUUUCUCGUUUCCUUGCAUUUCGUUUUGUGGUCGUGUUUAGGUUGUUUAUGUCUGUAUUGUAACGUUCAUUUUUUUCGCACUUUGAAGGAAUUUACUCUAUUCGCGUUCACAUGUAGUAAAACAUUUGCUGAGGUCUUCUUGCGUGUUUUCAUCGAUGCAUCCCUUGCCAUUGUUAUAUUUUGGUUCCAUAUUUAGGUGCUGCUACUCUUAAUAUUUAGUGAAUCUACUGCCAUAUGGUCUAUUUAUGUUAGCCUCCGAGGAAAGGAACGAAAGGGAUGGGGGGAAAAGGAAAAAGGGAGGGGGUUGGAUAUAGUAGCCUGUUUCCGGCUUCUCCAAGAAAACGCGAAAACGCACGGGAGCUGGGGACAAAGAGGGCUUAGGACCAGUUCAAAUGCCGAACUUUUCAUGAGCCGAACUUGAUAGCUAUUUGGCUCGACCCAAACGAUAAAAGUUCGAUGGUUGAUUCAGACGUCGAACUUGAUUCGCUUUUACAAUGUGCAAUAUUCUACAAUGUUUACCGAUAAAAAUCCUGCCACGCAGGCUACAGACGAUCUAUUUUCACCGAGAAUGGAUAUGUUGUAGUUAAUUCUUUAUCUAAGGUAAUUAAUAUUUUUCUUUUGUUUCAACUUUCUAAGCAUAAAUUACCAUACCCAGAAACAAAAGAAAAACAAAAACUACCUGAGAUAAAAAAUUAGCUACAAGAGAUACUCAUUAUAGGAAAGACCCUACUCAGUUCGAUACAAAAGAUACGACAUUCACGACUUGUAUUCACUGCACUUGGUUUAAAAGCUAAUCAUUAUUUCAGCUUCCUAUUACCGUUUUACUAAAUUAUCACUGCGAGAAUCACUGAUGAAGCUUUAUAGAGAAGUCACCAAGUCUCAUAAACUAAGGUGACAAAUUUCAUGCCUAAAAGAAAACGCCUUUCGAAAUCAAACUUGAGAAAAAUGAUCUUUCUUUUCUUUUUAAAAAUCAUACAAGGUAUAUCCUAUAUCUUCUCUCAGUCAAUUACUUAACUAAGAAAUAAGUUACAUCAUGAUUGUUUGUUUAUUUGUUUUUCGCAAUGGACAAGUUUUUUUGUCUGCAAUACUUGUAGAUUUCUUGACUGGGGAGGAGGGAAGAGGCUUGUUCGACUGUCACCAUAAAACCCCCAGCAGCUACGCCUUAGUGUUCUGUCUGCACGAUCUGAACGCCUGGAACAGACUAUCUAAUAACAGUAUUGGGCUAAUUCGCCACGUAGACCACAAUGCACCUUGUUUUGUGCACCUUGUUUUUUGCAUAACGAUUGUUUUCAGUUCCAGGGUAUUAUAGUUAUCCCAAGAGAAACCCAAGAAACUGGUUAUGCAAAAUUUUGUAGGGUAAACAAGGUACAUUAUGGCAUGUGUGAAUGUGGUGAAUGUAUCGUGAAUAAACUUUUUCUGGCUCAAUUCACAUUAUUGAGCCCGUAAUCAGGCGUAAACACACCAGCGUCUUUCAAACUGUUAAAAGGGAAGAUGGAAAAAGGGGAGUGGAUGGUGAAGAAGUCGACUCUCACGCCGGCUAACUCCGACAUUUUCCACUUGAUACAAUUUCUUGUUAUUGUAACAACAAUCUCUCGUGCAAUUUUGUACUAUUAUCACUUUAAAUAUAUUACAUUUGAACGAUAUCAAAUCUUGAUUGCAUUUUCAUUAAGCACUUAUUGUACGGUUAAAAAGGUACUUUGCGCGGGAAAUGUGGACAAUCUAGCAUUGGACGAACUGUCGAUGAACCUAUCGACCUCUCGAGCUUCUUUGAGUGUCUAAAUAGCACAAUUGAACGGAGUAUACCUCAUAAGAAACGAAAGACUUGCCCAGUAUUUUUGUUGUCUUUUUGCUUCGCAGAGGCUUUCAUAACCGUUUUGAUUUUAAAAUUUAAAAAUGAACAGCUUUAAAUAUAAACAAAAUAAGAGAGGCAAUCUAUAACUGGAAGUGCGACUAGAGUAAUUUAUGACUCGCCAAAAAGGUGGAAUAACAAAAAUUAGUAACAUCCAACUAGUGGUCUAUUAUCAAUGCUGGGUUCUGAUUGGUUGAGCUACCACUAGGCUAUAUGUUAUAGCCUACUAGUAGCGAAAAGCGCGGGCUUUUUGGCAGCAACAAAGGAUUAAAGUCUAGCUUUAACUAGCUAAAAUUUUUUUUGUUCUCGAUAUUUUUGACCAACAAGUUAGAUUUUACUAAAACAAUUAUUCCUCUCGCCCUCAUGGCCUCUGAGUCAGCCUCAUGGGCUAUUGACUCAGAGCCCAUUCGGGCUCGAGGAAUAAUUGUUAAGUAUACUAACACAACAGAAAUUGAGAUACUUCAUUUCUAUUUCGAUUUCUUUCAGAGAACAUUAAGAAUACUUUUUUUCUCCUAUCACACUCAUUCUCUUGUAAAAUUUAACUCCGACGAAAAAUAGAGUCAGGCUGUCGGUCCAUUUUGGUAUUGCCCUGAAUGAAUAGAUUUUUACAAUGCAAAAAUAUUCAGCCUUUUUUAUACUUCAGGGCAUGAGAGGCGAAUUGUGACAUUUGCAUGGGUUGCUCGAUACACACAUCACUUCAAUCACUGCCGCUUGCCAAAUUUUUCCCUUGCAGUAAGCUUUUAUCCUUUUUUACAUCAGUACCCAACAGGUAAAAACAAUAACAGAAAAUAAUGCAUGUUACAUUCAUAAGACUCAACGGAUCGACUUUCUUAUUAUACCUAACGAUGCGAGUUUAAUUUAUGCGGUCUUCCCUGAAUGACCGCUUUGUAGUUAAUCUGUACACAACUACUGAAUGCAAAACAGCAACCCAACUUCAAUGCGAAGAAUGACAAACCGUUAGAUUUGAUAGAUGUCUCUCACUUUUUUGAUCGAUGUGUUGAACACUACUGAACAGUAUUUUGGGCAUCGAAUCUAUGACUAAGUGUUAAAGUCGUUCUUUUCUAAAAAUACUAACAAUGGAUCAUUAUUAGAGGCAAAGGAAACUUUUAAAAAUUGAUUUAUUGUGAUAAUCGUGGCAAUUUCUUGGACUUUUAGCACAAGAUGUGAGAAAUUUACUGCCCCGACACAUUACAAUAUCUUUUUCAUAUUAGAUCAUAUUAAACCAAUUGUCUACCACUGACUCAAAUAGCCAUAACUUAUUAAAUUUUCUCUUAUUAUGAUCAUUAUUUUGAUAAACUGCGACGAGAAAUUUGUUCUUGUUUAACAGACUGCAUGUGAUACGUCAGCCGCAAUGCGCCUGAAGAUAGCCUGGAGAUACUGAUGAUUCAUCAAGUGGACUAACUCAACAAAAACUUUCAUUUCUCGAGGGGCGGGCUACAUACUUUUUUGGACCUGAGAGGACUUCAACCAUGUUUGGAAAAUCAAGUAUCAUCGUCAUUGUUUUUAUCCUUGUUUCAAGCAGUUUCACCAAUGGAAAACCCAAAAGUUUCGACUCCAGCAAAUCACCGGCGCUUACAGCUCACAAAAAGCCUCAACCGAUCGAUCAAACAUUUAACAUCAACAACUGGGGACUAGGAAAACCUGAUCGAAAAGUGCUAACCGAGAUGAAAUACAAAAUUGAUUACCUGUACCAGAAAUCGACAAGCGCUAAAGGUAUAAAUUUUUUGCAAUUGAAUCAAACUUUCAGUUAAUUAAAAAGAGCGACUAAUUGUGUGAGGUUUAGUAAUAGUGCGACUUAAUGUUUGAGGCUUAUUAAUCAACUGGAAAUUUUUCUUCCUUUCAGUUUGUUCGCAAGAUGGUUGGGUUUACUACGGCAACUUCGGCUACCUCAUCAUCGACAUUCGAACCCUAAAAUGGAGCGAUGCUCGACGAACUUGUCAGAUGCUUGGAGGAGACCUCGCUAUAAUAAAAUCAGCUGCUGAGAAUAACUUCAUAUUCACCUUGCUCAAGAAACAGAAAACCAUCACCGAUUGGGGUGUGUGGCUUGGUUUUGUCCGGAAGGCGGAUAACAAGUUCUACUGGAUUAAUGACACUCCACUGGCGAAAGGUUACACGGCUUGGGCAAGCCGCCAGCCAGACAACGUGAGCGAAAAGUGUGGAAACAUGUUUGGCUCGGCAAAAGGCGCAGGAGGCAAGUGGAACGACUUACCUUGCGAUGUUACACGUCAUUGGCAGCACGCUCCAGUUAUCCUUUGCAAGAAAAAGCAAAUUAGGUGA